UUGGGGGUGGGGGUCAGGACUCAGGGUCGAUAUAAUUACCACUUAUCGACAGGGCCUGUAACAGAGAGAGAGAGAGAGAUCGAAGAGGUAGGACUUCUUGUCCUCGGUGGUUUAUUUUGUAUUUUUUGAUAUUUUGGGUUUCUAGUCUUUUAGUUUCUUUCGUUGAGAGAAAGAAAGAGAGAGAAUCGGUGUGGGUGACCAUUGGCUGGGGCAUGGAAGAGCUGGCCAUGCUGAGGCAGCUCGUCGGUCAGCUUCAAGAGCUAUUGGAACUCUACGGCUCUCGUCCUCCUCAUCCUCUUCAACCUCUUCAUCCACUGCCUCUCUCCCAACUCCACUCUCAGCAACACAACAGGUGGUGCUUCCUCAAUGUCGAUGAUGGUUCUACAGAUGAUUACUACAGUCUUAUAAUGGCAGCUGGAAAGUCUGGAAGUCCCAAGAUGUUGGAGCCUUACAAGCCUCCACCUGCUAAGAAAUUGCAGAAGGAGCGGACCCGGGGAAAAUCAUCUGGGACCGUCAAUACAGUUGAGGUGAUGGAACAACAAAUUUGGAAGGAUUUUCCAGAAGACCUAUUUGAAGCUGUUAUUGCAAGACUUCCCAUUGCUACUUUCUUCCGCUUUCGCUCAGUUUGCCGGAAAUGGAAUUACUUAAUGAACUCUCAAAGUUUCUCUCAGUACUGUGCCCAAGUGCCACAAGGCAAUCCCUGGUUUUACACCAUUACCCAUGAAAACAUGAAUUCUGGAGCUAUGUAUGACCCUUCCUCGAAGAAAUGGCACCAUCCCUCCAUUUCUUCUCUACCAAAUAAAAUUAUCAUUUUGCCAGUGGCUUCAGCAGGGGGCCUGGUCUGUUUUCUGGAUAUUGGUCAUAGGAACUUCUACGUGUGCAACCCCCUGAGUCAGUCUUUCAAAGAGUUGCCAGCUAGAUCAGUUAAGGUCUGGUCUCGUGUUGCAGUGGGGAUGACUCUGAAUGGGAAUUCAACCAUUGAGGGUUAUAAGAUCCUGUGGGUAGGGUGUGAUGGGGAGUUUGAAGUUUAUGACUCCGUAAAGAACUCUUGGACCCGUCCAGGAAACAUGCCCUCUAGUAUUAAGCUGCCGUUAUCCCUGAACUUCCGGUCACAGGCUGUUUCCAGUAAUGGAACACUUCACUUUAUGCGUUCAGAUCCUGAAGGGAUUGUGUCCUAUGAUAUGGCAACUGGAGUUUGGAAGCAGUACAUAAUCCCAGCCCCGCUACAUCUGACGGACCACACACUUGCUGAGUGCGGGGGCCGGAUCAUGCUUGUAGGGUUGCUGACAAAGAAUGCGGCCACGUGUGUUUGCAUAUGGGAGCUGCAGAAGAUGACGCUUUUGUGGAAGGAGGUUGACAGAAUGCCAAACAUAUGGUGCUUGGAGUUUUACGGAAAGCACGUUAGGAUGACUUGCUUGGGUAACAAAGGCUUGCUCAUGCUGUCCUUGAGAUCAAGACAAAUGAACCGAUUGGUUACUUAUAAUGUAUCAAACAGGGAAUGGCUGAAGGUUCCUGGAUGUGUGGUGCCACGUGGGAGGAAGCGGCAGUGGAUUGCGUGUGGCACUGCAUUUCACCCUUGCCUGACUGCUGUUGCUUAAGUUCAGUUUCUCGCAACAGUGUGUCUAAUGAGUUCUUCAUUUCAGCACUGUUAAAGCAUGGUUGGCUUAAGCUUUUUCUGCAAAUUAGUUUCAGCCACAUUUUCAUAGUUGUUUAAGUUCAAAAGUUGGUACUAUGGGUUCUAUGAUGAUCAGCUUUCCUUUUUUCCAUGUACAAACUUGACACAAGGUACUAUUUGGUUUCAGAAUGCAUGGUCCAGAAUGCCCAUUUCCCAGUCA